GAGAAGGUAGACUGGAAGAAUUGCAAAGAGAAGAAGGAAUCAAAGCACCUUCUCUUGUGUUGGGGGCACAGAGAGCCUUUCCACCAUGAGCUUCACUGGAAAGUAUGAGCUCCAGUCCCAGGAAAACUUCGAGCCCUUCAUGAAAUCCAUAGGGGUUCCUGAUGAACAUAUCCAGAAGGGAAAGGACAUCAAGAGCGUCUCAGAAAUCGUGCAGGAUGGGAAGAAGUUCAAGAUCACAGUGACCGCCGGCACCAGAGUGAUGCAUCAAGAGUUCACCAUCGGGGAGGAGAGCGAGAUGGAGAUACGAUCAGGGGAGAAAAUCAAGACUACUGUUCACAUGGAGGGUAACAACAAGCUGAUUACAAACCUGAAAGGGGUCAAAUCUGUCACUGAACUCAACGGAGACACCAUCACCCAUACUAUGACCAAUGGAGACAUCACCUACAAGAGGAUCAGCAAGAGAAUCUAGAAACUCUGCACACAUCAAAAUCGUUUUACUGUGUAAAAUGUGCCUAUUAAAGUAAAAUUUGUAUCAAAGA